AUGCAAUAUGAAUAUAAAAAUAUAUUAGUAUUGGAAGGAGGACCAAGAGUAUUGUAUACACAUUAUCUAAUCAAAGAACUUCAUGAACAGUUUAAUAUACCAUUUGAUAAUGUUGACUUGGUGAUUGGUACAUCUUUGGCAAGCACCUUACUCUUUUGUAAAACUAUUAAACAACAAGAAGAGUUUGCAAUGCAAGUUGGAUCAAAACUUAGUCUAUCUCCACUUUGGAACACUCGACAUCAUCCAGAACUAGCAACCACAGAGUUUUACAAGGACCUAGAUAUCCCUAGUUUUGAUCAAUAUCUUUAUAAAAGAUUUGCUGUAAUGUGCGCAACUAAAAAGAUAAAGAAUGGGAAGCCUACAGUGUUACCAUACCUAUUUAGAAAUUAUCAUAAUCCAAAUAACAUUACUAGUAAGGUUGAAGGAUGUACAUUUGGAGUAGAGUCUAGUGCUAAAGACAUUUUACAUGCAUGUACGGCCAUACCAUUUUAUUCGGUACCUAUACAAUAUCCAAAUCUUCCAGGAUCUAGAUUCAUUGAAGCAUCAAUAUACAGUAAUAGUCCUUUAGAGGUUGCUUAUCAUGAAGCAAUGGCAAUAUGGCCUCCACAACCAAAUAUAUAUAUAAAAUUCAACUUUAUAUGUCUUGGUGUUGGUCUCGAUAGUAGGAGAUACUCUGUAGAUACAAUUGGACAACCAUUGAACCUAGAUGGCUCUAUUACCGAUUUGUCAUACACUUCUGAAGCUACCUUUGAAAGAAUGAACCGUUUCAAAGAGCGUCAAGAAUCCAAUUCCAAUAUUUGUCUAGCUAGAGUAAAUGUAAUAGAUGGUGAAUUUAAUCAAGAGGGACAUACAUUCCAAACCAUUGACAAAAAGGAGGUUGUCAAACCAUUGGACAAUAGAGUGUAUGACAAUGACAUUGCUGGUCAAAAAGCAAGGGACACACUUGCUAAAUCAGCAAAAAAGGCUAUAAAAGAUAAUCUAAAUUUAUUUAGCUUCCAUAAGAACUACUCAAGUACCACCACCACCACAAAAUCAUCAUAUGUAGUGGCAGAUGAUGACCAAAUAUUUUAA